CCUGCGCAACACGCACAGCAGACAGCAGCACACAGUUACCUCGCGCGCACCUUUACCUGAAAGUCACAAAGUUUUAGAUUAAAACGACACAAGAAUACAUUCUACCUAUUUGUUUUAAGAAACGCCAUGACAGGGUUUCAUUUAUCUCAAACUCUGACAAACUGACAGUUUUGACAGCGCGUGCUCAGAUUCAAACCGCGUCUGCUUACCAACCGUCGCCUCGUUGAGGAAAGCCGAUCUUUUGCUACGCCAACGUGAUUACGCUGCUCAGCUAAUAUUGGCUAGAAGUCUGAAACCACAUGUGCUCGUCUCCAAACCGGAGAGACGCGGUUUCAUUUGUCUUCAGAGAGGAAAAGAGUUGGCUUUAAGCCGUAGUGACAGACACAAGGGAAGGACGGUCUCGUGAGAGCGCUGGAGAAGACCAUUGGAAAUCCACGCGGUGCGUAAAAUUCACGUCUAUUCUUGGCACUGCUGUGGGAACAGUAGAAAUAAACGGGAGGAAAAUGUAGUCUUUGUGGAUGGUUAUCAGUAUAGCCACUUUUGACGCCAACCAACCAUUCCCGGUGAAGGGGGGCGGUAGUUGUGGAGUAGCCUAGCGUAUACAGCAAUGCCAAGUUGAAGGGUCUCGACUCUCGAGUAUUGCCAGUAUUGAUAAACGCUGAAGUGCCCUGCGCCGUCUUUAUUAUCAUUCAUGUUCUCUUGGAUAUUUUCUAAGCAUCUCCUGCUGCCAGAAAGUGGAGAGAAACACUUAAUGAAGAUGACGCUUUGACUAGGAUAUUUAUAUAAACCGCGGGCGCACGCGCUGUCAGUCACCUGCUCACAAAGGUAGGUCUCACCUUUACGUUUAAACAGCAUUCAAAAUGAUGGCCAACGGGCCCAACAUCGUCUACGAAUGGCUGAAAACCCUUCAACUGUGUCAGUAUGUCGAGGCUUUUGUGGACAACGGAUACGACGACUUGGAAGUUUGCAAACAAAUCGGAGACCCGGACUUGGAUGCCAUCGGGGUUUUCAUCCCGCACCACCGCCAGCGGAUUCACGAUGCGGUGCAAAGGUUAAAAGACGAAGAUAAGGAGACGGCUACCGGGCUUUAUUUUACCCUGGAGCCGAUGCACCCGGUUUCACCUAUCUACACGAGUCGCAUGGUAGAGCAAUCUGAGUCUAGGCUGCGGAGCUCCAGGUCAUGGACUGAGCAGAGCAGUGGUAGACCCGUGCGCAGCGUGGGGUACAUGAGGGCGUCCAGGAAUCUGACGCUGGGGAACCGCAAGGAGCUGGAAAUCUACCCCAAACUGAAGCUGAAGAUAAUGAUCAGGGAUAAACUCAUUAGGGACGGGAUAAACCUUGCCAGGCAGCCAUACUCUAAUAAGGAUGGCUCUCUGGGUAAUAUAGAUGACCUGGCACAGGAGUACUCAGAGUACUACAACACGUACUUCAGUGACGUCAGCGAUCGGAUGGAGGAACUACGCAAGCGGCAAGUCUCUCAAGAGCUAGACAUGGAAAAAGCAGACUCCAGCAUCAACUCUUCAGACCUUAGUUCAGACAUCCAGGAGUCGUUUGGAUUCAGCAGUGAGGUGUCUACUCCAGAGGCUGAGAGAAAAAUUCCUCUGCACAAAUCCAGCUCUGAGGAUGGAUCAGGAAAAUGGGACAACAGGAAGAAAAACAAAUCCUUCUGGCAGAACUUCCGAAAGUCGCAGAAAGGGGUCACAAGGCAAACGUCAAAAGGUGAGGACAUUGGCUAUGUGGCCAGUGAGAUCACUAUGAGCGAUGAGGAACGGAUCCAGCUGAUGAUGAUGGUGAAAGAGAAGAUGAUUACCGUGGAGGAGGCGCUGUCACGGUUAAAGGAAUAUGAAAGGAACAGACAGUUGAGCAGCAGUACAGACACAGCAGACUGGACUGAUGGAUCCAGUCCCACUGUUAACCUCUCCUCCGCCUGCAAUUCUGUGGAGCAGUCAGAUGAUGAGCAGGAAGACUCUGUGAAAUUCAAGAGGCUUCACAAGCUGGUCAACUCGACUCGACGUGUUCGCAAGAAACUCAUCAAAGUGGAUGACAGCAAAAGACAUGGCUCACAAGAUUCGCUCAGUCUAGAUGCAGCUCCUUUAUGUGAUGACAUAAACGCCCUGUAUGCAGAAAUCCACAAGAAGCCGGCCCAGUGCACAGACUCCUCUUUGUCCUCUCUUGCCCAAGAGCAGCUCUCUCUGGACGGGGACACAGAUAGCUUAAACACUUCACCCUCCACCAGCAGCCUUGAUGCCUGGAAACCUGCUCACAAGUUAGUGAAGACCCCAGGCGCGCACCCUCAUGGCCUGAUCCGCCCUCCACGGAAGAGUAGCGCUGGAUCCGGACUGGGUGUUGUGGGGGGUAGUGGCUCCUCUUUCUCUGAAUUGGAGGGUUUGGCAGACGACAAUGCUAAAGUCUCCCGCUCGGCUACAGACGGAGAGAUGCGGAAGGCCUUAUCUCUAUCUCACGGGGUAAGUACUGAUAGCGUCUACGCUUUUUACGGCCUCACGAGGCCCCGCCCAAAGCCGCACCCCCUUUUGGUGUCUUUAGAUGACAUUAACAGCACCAAGCGGCCGCCCGUCUCCAUGUGGCAGCGCAAUAAGCCUGACCCAAACUAUGCGUACUCCACCAAGCACCUGCUCUACCAACGUUCAUGCAAUGCUCAGAAAACCAUUGCAACGUCCUCCACCUUGCCUGCCUCCCCUCCCACUCGUGAGCUUCCAUUGGCCAGGGAUAAGGGGAAGAGCUGUGGGAGCGGAGUAGUGGGUAGCUGGCUGUUUCCACCAAGGCGUCUGAAGGGAAGGACUGCAGUUAGCGAGCUCAACAUCACGUACGUGGUGGAACGCAGCCUGUAUGGGCACUUGAACUGGACCGGGCUGGUUAGGCCCGUCACGCUGAGUAAAGCCGAUAGGCGUUGGCUCCUGGAGGACGAAAGAGACGCAAACAGGAAGUGGGCGUCCAGCAUGGAUCGUUGCACCAAGCGUGUACUCUUGCGCAUUCAGCAGAAGUCUAGAACGUGUAGCUUUGGAGGAUUUGACCUGUCUAAUCGUUCUCUCCAUGUGGUCAACACGACCGAGCCUAGCGAGCAGGAGGCUUUAUACAGGGAUGCUGUGAAAUCUCCCACCACAUCUCGCAUCUCUCUAGGGAAGAAAGUCAAGUCUGUCAAAGAGACUAUGAGGAAACGAAUGUCCAAGAAAUAUGCCGGGUCUCUCUCUGAACAGUCCAGUACAGAUGGGACACCCAGUUGUCCUCAGUCUCCUCAACCAGACACAGACUCUCUUGAGAAGCCCAAACUCAAGGCAGGAGGGUCUGUAGAGAGUCUCCGCAGUUCCCUCAGUGGCCAGAGCUCCAUGAGUGGACAGACUGUGAGCACCACAGACUCAUCAGCCAGCAACAGAGAGAGCGUGAGGAGUGAGGAUGGGGAUGAUGAAGAGCCUCCGUACAGAGGCCCAUUCUGCGGCAGAGCAAGAGUUCACACUGACUUCACACCGAGUCCAUAUGAUACAGACUCACUCAAGCUCAAGACAGGAGAUGUGAUUGAUAUCAUCAGCAAGCCACCCAUGGGCACCUGGAUGGGUCUGCUCAAUAACAAGGUGGGCACAUUUAAGUUCAUCUAUGUGGAUGUGCUGGCUGAAGAAGUGGAGAAGCCCAAACGAGCGGUUCGGAGGAGGAGGAAGGGCAGGCCGCCCAAACCCAGCUCUGUUGAGGAGCUACUGGAGAGAAUCAACAUGAAGGAGCACAUGCCAACGUUCCUAUUUAAUGGCUAUGAAGACCUGGACACGUUUAAGUUACUGGAGGAAGAUGAUCUAGAUGAGCUCAACAUCAAAGACCCCCAACAUCGCGCCGUACUGAUGACUGCUGUAGAGCUACUGCAGGACUAUGACAGUAGCAGUGAUCCGGAGCGCAGCGCCCUCUCUGGCUCUCAGGAGAAACUCCUCUGUGAGGGGCGUGGCCUCAUGGCUGACUCCCCACGGGACUCUGGCUGCUACGAAAGCAACGAAAACCUAGAGAAUGGUAAGAGCCGAAAGUCGUCGCACCACAGCCGUGGUUCAUCUGGAUUUGACUGUGGGGGUGUGAAGUCUACAGACUAUCCCACUCUUCCCAUGACUCACUCCACUGAAGCUCUACAGCAGCAGGCCAAGAAGGAACACAAGUUCCCCAAGACCUUUCUGCCCCGGCCCAUAAAGAGCUUCAACCUGCGAAGCCUCUGCCUCAAGAAGGGCUCCAAAGCAGUACCAACCUCCCACAUACCGGUCAGCCGAAGCUGUGAGGAGUUGGACGGCUCCCAGGAGAUCCCUGAGUCUUGGAAGCGCUCUCAUUCUCUGGGGGAUAUACACUGGGAGCAGGCCUUCGAUCAGCGGAAGGAGCAUGGCAGUGAGGAUAGAGGCAGACUGGAGAGGAAAAAAAAAACAGUGAAUACAGAUCCUGUAGAAUCAAAACAGGACCAGAGUUGUGUUGGAAGAGAGACAGGCUCGCUGCAGAGACCUAUGGUUCCCACACAGCUUCCUCUCAGCCUGGUCAGUCAAUUGCCUGCUGCUCAGAUUUCAAACCGCCAACCUGUCUCUGCCCCAACCAGCCCGGCUCCACGGACUCACCCUAAAAAGCCACCUGUCCCACCUCCUGUGCCUGCUAAAAAGUCCAAAGAACGUCUGCCAAAUGGUCUGCGCCACCCUCCACUGGUGCUCUCUGGUUCGGUGCCAAAUACCCCAACCCUACCCCCAAAACCCAUAUAUACCCCAACUACUCCCUCCGAGAGUUCUCCAGUAUCACCAGGGGAAUCUCCUGCUGCUCUGAGUCCACCCUGGCUGUCUGACCUGCCUGAAUCAGCAUGUCGUCAGAUCCACGGUGCUAAAGUCGCCCUCAGCAGGAAGAUCUCCCACGCCAAAAUGGUUGACCUCGAGUCACUGCUGGAGGACAGGAUGCACUCGGAAGGGAUUGACCUCACUGAAGAGCCAUACUCCGAUAAACACGGCCGGUGUGGUAUUCCUCAGCUCUUAGUACAGAGGUACUCGGAGGACUUCCAGCAGCCAGUGAAGGACGUGGCGUCCAGUCUGGAUCAGAUCAGAGUUAAACAACUCCGUAAGGAGCACCGCAUGGCUAUUCCCUCAGGAGGUUUGACUGACAUGUGUCGGAAGCCAGUGUCUCCUGUUCAUUUAAGCUCUGUGUCUGAUUGGCUCGUGUCGAUCGGAAUGCCCAUGUAUUCUGCCCCUCUAUUGGCUGCAGGUUUUGACACCCUGGGUUGUGUGUCAUCCUUAAACGAGGCAAGAGCGAGGGAAGCUGGCUUGAAGGAGGACCAUCACAUACGUAUUCUUCUCAGUGAAGCCCAACUAGUCACAGCCAGCAGCUCAGGACAGUCAUAAUACUAAAACGAGCUAUUACGAACUAGAAUAAAUGGAUCAAACUCUUCUGCCAGGUGAAGGGACAGACCUGGACAACAGCUGCCGAAUUUUCCCCCAAGUUUUCGUCUUAUAAUCUCACGCCUUUUGGCUUUUACGAUCUGGCUUCCAAGGACUGUUAUGGUGGGCCUAUCAACAGAUGUUUCCAUUGAAAAAGGAUCACCUGUCGAAAGAAAGCACACUUUUUUUCUGAAAAUGUCUGCUUUUGUAUGAAUUUAAAGACUGUUUUGAAACCCUUUCUCACUUUUUCGGGAAGCGUGAGAUUUAUUUAGGAAAAAAACAAACUCUAAAGGAAUAAAGGUUUUGUGCUUAAGCACAUGAAUAUCAAGAGUAUGUCACCUGGCCAAAGCAAUAUCAUUUCAUGCAGGUUUUGCUUAUAUAAUAUUACUUUAUCUCUCAAACUAAGCAUACAGUAUAUGAAAAGAUGGGUGAGUCAAGUAAAGGGUGUUUCUAAAAUACCCAAAAGCAUGAUGUUGCCAUAUGCACAUUUUGAUUUCAGGCCAAUAGUUGGUCACGGUUUUAGCAAGUAUGUACUAUGUUUGUACAAACCGUUGCAUUUGUUUCUUUCUUCAUGGUUCCAUUUUAGCCUCACUCCUUGUAUUACGCUUAAUAUAAUACUUUAUAUUUACAGCACAUUUAAUCUUCCCGGUCUUCUAAACGAACAAUAUUCACACAAUAUGCUUCACUUACUCGGCUGUUGCGACAUAUCAAAGUUUAUUACUGUAUCAAUUUAUGUUGCCUGUUAUCUUGAAAAUUAUACUCAUGCAUAUUGUUUACCUCUCAUCAUACUCAUCUCUGGUGCGACUGAUGCAUCACACAGCUGUAAUUUUCUUGCUGGAGUGAAAUGUGUACAGGUGUUUUUGUUUUGUUUUAUUUUUCGUAUAUGCCCCAGAUUGCCUUGCACUUUGACUGGGGUGUUUUUGAAGACAUUUUUUUUUUUUUAAUCUUAGAAAAAGCUUCAAGCUCUUGAAAGCACACAGUCUUAGCCUUAAAAUCAGUCAAAUCAAAACUGAUACUGAAUAGUUUGGGGGAGUGUUUUGACACUACUAGUGACCUGUACAAAAUUAAGUUUUAAAAAUUAAGAAGAAAGCAUUAUUUAUGUUUUGAUUUUCCACAUGAAAGUCAGUCACAUCAUUGUGUUGUUUUUGUUUGUGAGGAAAAAAAGGAUGAUUGAUGGUCUGAUUUACAAUUAUUUUUGAUUAUUUUGUUUGUCGUUCAGAACACAUUGCAAAUGGCGUGUGUGUUUCAGGGAGAAUAAGGUGUUAUGAGGUAACUAGGGAUGGACAUAACUUUACUUAAACAAAAAGGACAGCAUCUGGCCGAUUCGUUUCUAAAUGAAAACUUAGCUUUAAGUACAAGAUUAGCUGACAGACGUGUGUGACGUUAUUUAGGCAUUAGUAUGAAAUCAUCACAUUACAUUGCUCCAAAUUAAGCACAAUGAAGAGUUUCUCGUGCAAUCACUCUCAGGUGGUUUUUGAUUGAGCAAGUGAGGUGAGAAUUCACCUUGUUUCAGUGCAUGCAGAUGCUUCUGAAGAUCGUUUGGUUUUUUUCCAGUUACAGAAAGACACCAGUCAUGCUUCCCCCAAGGCCUUGCAGUUUUAUGAAACGGUGUCUUUUUGAAUGCUCGCUUUAGAAUUGUAUUUCUCCCUCAUGUCAUUUUCUCUUGUAUGUAAUGCAGCACAAUGUAUUGACCGUAACGCUCAAGAAUUUAAUGAACAUUUUAAAUUGCAGUAGAGAAUCGUUAGAUUCCUUUAAAUCAGAAUGGUUGCCUUCAGAUUGCUAUCAGAUGAGUGCUUUGAUAACAAUGAGGCUUUUUAUGUAUUUAAAAUCGAAAAUAUAUUUCAUGAAAUGUUACUGUAAAAAAAAUGCACUUUAUUAAAGAAUGAAUUUUUUUUAAUUCCAUUGUGGAGAAAAUGAGAUUACAAAUCGACACAUUUACAGUUUGUCUCUCUUUUUUUUUAAGAUGUUUGUUUUCAGGUCAAAUGUUGAUGGUUGAGUUGAGCUGUUUAAAUAUCAAAUCUGUUAAAAAUAUAAUCACUUGUUAAUUAAUUACAGAACUAACCAUGACCAGUGAUAUAAAACUGGGUUUUAAUUACAUAUAUGAAAUGAUUAACUGAGGUUGCACAUUCUGUAUAUGUAAUUGAUAUUUAAAUAACUUAUUUUUUCUUUUACAUCAAAUGUAAUUAUUAGCUGGAUUAUACAUCAUAGAGCAAUACUCUUUCACCUAGUUAGCAAGUGACAUGCUUCAGUGACCACUGUAAAAUACAUGUAUAAAAAUGAUUUUAUCUGGUUUCAGUUCGCUAAUGAUUGUCCAUAAAGGUUUUGCUUGUGUAUUUACAAACAAAAAUGUCUUAAAAUAUUUGUCUCUUUUGAGGUGUAAUAAAAAAAGAAUAUCAUACA